CAUUCAUUCGUUCUAUAUUUUCACGAUUAAUUUCUUCUCGUUCGCUAAUAAUGGGCUUGUCGAAAUAGGAAAUACAAUAUAUUCGAGAUAUUAUGUGGAAAUUAAUCUCCCAAAUAUUAUUCUAUUCAAUUUUCACCUGACCACAGUUUAUUACCCGCAAAAAGGUACGAAUAUGUUAUGAUUUAUGGUUUACAAUAAAUAUCUUCAAAAGGCCUUGCAAAAAACUGUUCUACAAUCAUUAUGUUUUAUAGCAUUUAUGGACAAAUAUUGAAUAAGUUGCUGUGGACGGGUAGCGCGUGUGACACGACUUUUAUGUGUUUGAAGAAUUUCGUACACAUUUUGUCCAAUGGGCCAAUGUCUGAGUUGUUUCCAAACUCAAGCUAAUGCUGAUAUCACAACAUCUUCUCAUAGGAAAAAAGAUGAGCUGACAGAGAUAGUUGCUACUCAUCAAGUACCUCCUGUGAUGGUAUCUGACUACCCUCAAGAAGAACCACUGCUCUGUGACAAUGACAGUAGUAUGAACUGCUAUAACAAGAACACUAAUGCUUUACACAAUGCUAAUACUCUGAAUUCCUAUGGAGAACCAUGUUCAGGGGAAACAAUACAUUCACAAAGAACUCACAAUAGUUCAGAAAAGAAUCCCAACAAGCCAUUUUAUCAGAAGUUGCCAUCUAUUCCACGAACCAUGUCAUCACUGGGCUCCAGUGAACCUCGAGUUUCUGAAUCUAAAAUAAACCAAUUAUUUGACCAAUAUAAAGAUUCUUUAGAAGAUGCUAUACUAGCUGAAGGAAUUGAAAACCUUUGCAAUGAUCUUCAACUAAAUCCAGAUGAUUUUAAAGUUUUGGUACUUGCUUGGAAAUUAAAUGCUAGUCAAAUGUGCAGAUUCACAAAAUCAGAAUUUGUACAUGGUUUAAAAAGCAUGAAAACAGAUUCUAUCAAAAAUAUUCAACUUAAACUUAAUGAGAUAACAAAUGAAUUAAAAAAGGAUUCUGAGCAGUUCAAAGAUUUGUACAGAUUUACUUUCAAAUUUGGAUUAGAUGUGAGUACAGGUCAGAGAAUAUUGCCAUCUGAUAUAGCCAUAGUACUUUGGCGCCUUGUCUUCACAAAUAAUGAGCCUGCAGUGCUGAACAGGUGGUUGAGUUAUCUUGAAAAGAAUCCUCAUAUCAGAGGCAUUCCAAAAGAUACCUGGUACAUGUUCUUAAACUUUUGUGAAUUUGUGGGUGAUGAUCUCAGCAGCUAUGAUGACACAGAGGCUUGGCCGAGCCUGUUUGACGAUUUUGUGGAAUAUGAAAAUGAUCAGAUGAAUCAAAAUGUUACAAAAAAUGACAUCAAAAUACAGGAUUAAAUAUCCUAUGCCAAAUUUUAGCUAUUUAGGUACUUAAAUAUAUUGAGACUGAUAUAAUUGGAUAAUGCAUGUUUGUGGUGAUGAUGCAAUAUUCUGCAUCUCCAGGAGCUAAGGUUAAGCUAAUGAAUGUUUCAUAAUAAGUUAAAAAUUGUGAAUGUAGUGGAGGUACUAAUAAUGUGAGAUUUAAAAAUGAAUUGAAUGUACAUAUUAUUAUGUUAUAUUUUAUAACUAAUUGUGAAACUACUAUUGUGUCUAGAUUUUAGACUUAUAAAUUGAUACAACAUUCCAGUGAUGGAAUUAGCCAAAAUCUGUACAUAUUAUAAUAUCUUUGUAGUUUGGGUUGCUUGAAGUGGUAAAUGCUCUGCUGCAUGUACUGUACCUACAUUGUGUUGUCACUCUUAAUUAAUUGCCACUUGAAGUCACCCUAUAUACCUUGCACAACUGAAAUUGCCUGGUAUAAAUAAAUAAUAGAAUUUCAUAAUA